AGUUGGACGAGCCCAGUAACAGUUGAACCAGCAUCUUACAUUAUUCAUGUCUCUAAACUAGACAAACCAUCCAUUUUUUCAUCCCACUUUGAUUGGUAUACCUCGGCACUCCAAUCUCUUCCUCCUCAUCUUUCUUUGUCGUCACAUCCUCGAGAGGUUAUCAUGUAUACAUACAACCAUGUUAUUCAUGGUUUUGCUGCUCGACUCACACCUUCUCAAGCCUUGCAUCUCCGUAGUUUCCCCGGAAUACUUUCGGUACUCCGUCAACAAAAUCACAAGAUCCAAACAACUCAUACUCCUAGUUUUCUCGGCCUGAAUUCAAAAUCUGGUCUAUGGCCUGACUCAAAUUAUGCCAGUGACAUCAUCAUCGGAGUUCUGGAUACCGGAAACUGGCCUGGAAGUCAGAGUUUCAAUGACUCGGGUUUAAGCCCUGUACCGAAGAAAUGGAAAGGUGCGUGUGAGAAUACAACUGAUUUUCCCAGCACAUCUUGCAAUAAAAAGUUAAUCGGUGCUCGAUCUUUUUACCAAGGAAUUCAGUUAGACGAAACAAAAGACAAGAAAUCACCAAUAGAUACACAAGGACAUGGUACACAUACAGCAUCUACCGCAGCUGGAUCUGUUGUUAAAAACGUUAGUUUCAACGGAUACGGUGCUGGAGAUGCAAAAGGAAUGGCAACUAAGGCCAGAAUUGCAAUCUACAAGGUAUGCUGGAGUAAUGGAUGUGAUGGUGCGGAUAUUAUUGCUGCCAUGGAUCAAGCUGUAACCGACGGAGUUGAUGUGAUUUCCAUGUCCGUUAAUCCCCACGGAUUAGCAGUUCCGUAUGAUGAAGAUUCGUUUGCUAUUGCAGCUUUUGGCGCUGUAGAGAAAGGAGUACUAGUUUCUGCCGCUGCAAGCAAUGCAGGUCCUAGUCCUUCUAAAGCCACUAAUAUCGCACCUUGGUUUCUAACUGUUGGAGCAUCUACAAUCGACAGAGAUUUCCCCUGUAAUGUGAUUCUAGGAAAUGGUACAGUUAUCAGUGGUGUUUCAUUAUAUUCCGGGGAAAUGCAGUAA